CGUACCUACGCCACGGAGACAACGUAUGGUCGCGUGAAACUUCUUCGCAUCAAAUACUCAUGUGCACACCUCGACCUCCACAAACCAGAUGAGAUCUUCAUCGUUGACGGGACUGGUUAAACUCUGACUCUCGCUUAGAUUGAAGUGCGCAAUCGUAUGGUACCAGAGUUUUUCGUUUUUUCUCGGCUGGUCUAUCGAAUGAAAUCAAAAUAAGAUCGAUCAAGAAAAAAGUUAGUUGAACAUCAACUGGGGACAAGAAAGUUGACAGCUAAGACCAACUGCAACUCAAUAAAAUGGGCACGAUUUCGCCGCUCCUGGCGUUUCGCAUCAUGUAUGUGACCCAAGCAUUCGUGUGCUUCUGCUUGGGGUUCAAGCUGUUCUACGACAAGGCCAAGAAAAGCGAGCGGUUUAUGGGGUUUCCGCAAGACGAGCGCAUUUUGUACGGGGUCACCUUCUUGUUUCCGGUCGUUGCCGGCGUCUGUGCGGACACGGCGAACAACAAGAUGAUGGCAAAGAGCAGCACCUGGAUGGUCAGCAUCGCGGCACUGCUUUUCUGGGCCAUGGUAAAUGUUAAAGGUUGUUUGUGUUUGAAAACGUUAGGUACUUACUCUUUUCUUUGUGCGCUCGGUCUCUUCGCGUUGAACACAUAUCAAUUUAAAGAAAAUUAUUUUGCUGAAAGUGUUGCAGUAAGUACCAGUAUCGGUUUCCAUCCUGUCGCGCAUGGGACUUUAGGACAUCAACGACGUAAGGUGUGGUAGGAAAGCAGUUUUAUUGCAAAUGAAAAUUUAUCCUGCAAAUCUCAUGCAGGUUUUCCAAGAGUGCGUCUUUCCGGAAAACGCGAAAUUCGAUGCCGGAAGAUAUCGAGAGUGCAACUUCAUAGCUGGUAACGAUGCCAUCUGCUCUCCAGUUGAUAUUUUUGUUUUCUGAGAUGCAACUGAUAAUGACUGAGACUGAGAGCUGCAAAUAAACGAUAGACAAGCUGCUCGCGGCGGCGUCCUUUCAAUUGGUAAAAUUUUGUUCAGCUGCAGCAGGUACCUCCAGAACUAGCCGGCCACCACCCAGGCAUGCAAUAAAUGCAACAUAUACGCAAAUAAAAGUGAUGAGAAAGCACGAAGCGAAGUACAAUUUUGCACGCUGCAUAAAACACCGCUGAUCCCGUUCACGGUCGGGGCCGGAUGGCUGCAGCUGUUGUCCGCGAUUUUUGUCGGGUUUCACGACAUCCACGCGAACCUGGCGGACACUAUGGACCGGCACCACGAGGACUUGGCGACGUACUCCUUCCGCGGCGGGGGUAAGAAGAUGCAAAAUGCGAACACGGCGGGGUACUACGGCACCCUGAACCAGGGCAUGGCCACGUGUAUCCGAGCAAAAUUUUUGGGUGUCAACUACCUUGUGGUCCACCUCAUAAACUGGAUUAGAGAAAAUGGGAACCGCGUUUAGUGUUGAAGGUCUACUGUGUUGGAGAAACUGCAGCACAGUAUCUAUACUGUUGUUGUCAUGCCAGACGUUAAUCUUGAUAGCCUGAGCCUCUUUCAUGAGGGACUCUUUCCCCUGCUAGCUAUCUUUUAGUUGUAUGCAUGACAAUUGACAACAGCUGGAUGUCGUUGGCAGCUCAUGAUUUUGCUAGGACAACAUGGGGGAACGACCCGUACACGAAGAAGAAGGACCCGUACGGCUAUGAUGAGGGCUACUACUACUAGGCGCAUUUUAGAAGUAGAACCUCGAAUCGCUUGCUGUUGAUUGCCGUUUUCACCAGCGAAAAGUGGUUCGUAGUUGAACUAGAGUUACAUAAGGAGCAGGGGAAAUUCUCAUAGCUCAGCUGUAUCUGAUGAAGACAAAGACACGGUAACCAACACUUGAAUUUUUCGAAGAAAGUUGCACCAGUAGCUUCAAAAUAAAAUUUCAAAGCGUCUACUCAGCACAUUUGCCUUUACCGUUUGCGCCUCUUAGUUGUGUGAUGUUGACAUCAAGUUUCCUUUAUUAUACACGAAGAUUUGACGCACGUCUGUCUCUGUCAUUGUAAGUGCGGCUAUCUCCAGUUUUCUUUCUUGUCAGUUGACGUUUGACAAAAUCGUAG